AUGGCCCAUUCUCAUGUUCCCGAGUCUGGCAAUCCCCAUACUCACGAACACAGCAAUAACUGCGAGGAAGAAUUAUCAGCCAAAUAUGCAGAGUAUGUGGAGGCUCAUUUGGAACAGUUGAGAGCCCAGUGUCAGAAAAUAAGCAUCUGUGUAGACGACCUGCUGGCAGAUGAAAAUAUUAUAGCGAUCAUAAAUGGAUACGAUCUGAGUAUAAAGAAAACAUGCAGCCUGGUGUAUAAAAGCACUUCCCAGACUUUUAGCAAUUUCUCAAAAGAGUGCACCUCUAAAGACAGGGAAUCCAUACACGCUGAAUUUGAGGAUCAUCUAACGUAUCAGAUAGAGAACGACAAGCCGGUCUGGAAAAACGUGACCAAAUGUUUGGAAAAGAAUUAUGGGAUAUCUGAGACGCCCACGUAUGUGGAUCAGAUUUGUGGCUUGGCCUAUAACAAGACACAGAUAUGCAACGCGAGCACUCACAAAACUAUCAGAGAUUUCUUCAAUGACCAAAUUCAUCAUUUGAAGUGCACGUGCAAGGCUUUGCAGACAAGUCAGCUCUCAAUGCCACUUUUGGUUGGUUCGGCUGCUGGAGUUAUCCUCCUGUUGUUUCUUUUGUUUGUGAUCGGCUUCUUCUGCUACAGACACAAGAAAUCAAGGAAAAGGCAAAAGCAAGCUCCAAACGUAAUAUAUUUACAAGCUCCCAACGCAGACAAUAACCCAGUUUACCAGGAAAUUAUGGACGAUAAGCCACAUCAAGGUUACAAGCAGCCAUCUUCCUUAAACCCGCCAAGUCUGCCUGUCCGAUAUACAACACCAGUAGUUAACCCUCCUGUCACUCAGUUUGGUGUUCACGAGGAUGCGCAUGGCUAUCUAGAACCUGUGGCAGCAAGUUCCAGAUUUAGGCCAACUCUUCCACUUCCGGGUCAGUCAAACACUGGCUAUGAAGUCCCUCCAGAUUAUACACAAGAUGAUGAUGACGGCGUGAAAAAAGCAAUCAUAGAUGGUAGUUGUUUGGAGCCAGUCGAUGAUGAAGACAAGGGCUACGACACACUGGGCAGGAAUAAAACUGGUGUGGAAGCAUCUAAGGCUGAGAUGGUUCCACUGGGCCCAGUCCCUGCCAAAAGAACCAAGAAGGAUGACCGACAGACGGAGUCUCAUUAUUUUGAACUUGAAACAAACGGUAACAACUUCUAG